CGCGAGCCCGGUCACAUUCCCCGUCCCGUUAACGCCUUCAUACUCUUCCGCUCCCAUCUGAAUGCCACCGAGUUCGCCGGUAGCAACAACCGCGAGCUUAGCAAGGUCGCGGGCGAGCGUUGGAGGGCCAUGUCGGACGAGGAGAAGAGGAAGUUCGUGCUGGGUGCGGAAGUCGAGAAGGCGAAGCAUGCAGAGAUGUACCCCGGCUACAAGUACACGCCU